GAAGUCCGGGCUUGAAGACCCUGGCCGGCAGGACCGGCUGCGAGGGUAGCGGAAGGCACACGGAUCUGGGCGCUGGAAAGCCUGGAUUUGGCAAUGGCUUUGCUGUGUGGCCUUGGGCAAGUCACUCUGCGUCUCUGGGUCCCACUUUUUCCCCAGUCUGAAAACAGGAUUGGGUUCCAAGCAGCUCCGGCAUUCCAGAGGAGCGGCGGCAUGGAGGCUCUUAGCACUCAGCUGGGGCCGGGGCGCGAGGGCAGCUCUUCGCCCAACUCCAAGCAGGAGCUGCAGCCCUAUUCGGGCUCCAGCGCUCUCAAACCCAACCAGGUGGGAGAGACGUCCCUGUACGGGGUGCCCAUCGUGUCUCUGGUCAUCGACGGCCAGGAGCGCCUGUGCCUGGCGCAGAUCUCCAACACCCUCCUCAAGAACUACAGCUACAAUGAGAUCCACAACCGCCGCGUGGCCCUGGGCAUCACGUGCGUGCAGUGCACGCCGGUGCAGCUGGAGAUUCUGCGUCGGGCCGGGGCUAUGCCCAUCUCCUCACGCCGCUGCGGCAUGAUCACCAAGCGUGAGGCCGAGCGCCUCUGCAAGUCGUUCCUGGGUGAGCACAAGCCCCCCAAGUUGCCCGAGAACUUCGCUUUCGAUGUGGUGCAUGAGUGUGCGUGGGGCUCGCGCGGUAGCUUCAUCCCCGCGCGUUAUAACAGCUCUCGCGCCAAGUGCAUCAAGUGCGGCUACUGCAGCAUGUACUUCUCGCCUAACAAGUUCAUCUUCCACUCACACCGCACGCCCGACGCCAAGUAUACGCAGCCCGACGCCGCUAACUUCAACUCGUGGCGCCGUCACCUCAAACUCAGUGACAAGUCGGCCACAGAUGAACUGAGCCACGCUUGGGAGGACGUCAAGGCCAUGUUCAACGGCGGGACGCGCAAACGGACCUUCUCGCUGCAAGGAGGCGGUGGAGGCGGCUCUAAUAGCGGGUCGGGUGCGCAGGGGAAAGGUAGUGCAGGCGGCGGUGGCGGUGGCGGGCCGGGGUGUGGUGCGGAGAUGGCCCCAGGCCCGCCGCCCCAUAAGAGUCUGCGCUGUGGUGAAGAUGAGGCCGCCGGUCCUCCCGGACCUCCUCCUCCCCAUCCACAGCGGGGUCUUGGCCUCGCGACUGGAGCUAGCGGCCCAGCGGGUCCUGGAGGGCCUGGUGGCGGUGCUGGCGUACGCAGCUACCCGGUGAUCCCAGUGCCCAGCAAAGGCUUUGGCCUCUUGCAAAAGCUGCCCCCGCCGCUUUUCCCGCAUCCUUACGGUUUCCCCACCGCCUUCGGCCUAUGCCCCAAAAAGGACGACCCAGUGUUAGGCGCAGGAGAGCCUAAGGGCGGCCCUGGCACUGGGAGCGGCAGCGGCGCGGGUGCUGGUGGGGGAGCAGGGGCCCCGGGAGCUGGCCACUUGCCCCCGGGAGCAGGGGCGGGCCCAGGCAGCGGUGCUAUGUUCUGGGGACAUCAACCCUCCGGGGCAGCUAAGGACGCAGCGGCCGUGGCGGCAGCCGCUGCUGCCGCCACCGUGUACCCGACGUUUCCCAUGUUCUGGCCAGCGGCUGGCAGCCUCCCAGUGCCGCCCUAUCCGGCUGCACAGAGUCAAGCCAAGGCCGUGGCGGCCGCUGUGGCGGCGGCAGCGGCAGCAGCGGCAGCAGCUGCUGGUGGCAGCGGCCCAGAGCCCCUGGACAGUGCUGAGCCAUCCAAAGAGGGUGGCCUAGUCGCGGAAGAGCGCUGCCCUAGCGCUCUGUCCCGUGGGCCGCUGGACGAAGAUGGCGCGGACGAGGCGCUGCCACCGUCCCUGGCCCCGCUGCCACCGCCCCCGCCGCCACCCGCACGCAAAGGCUCCUACGUGUCAGCCUUCCGGCCGGUGGUCAAAGACGCCGAGAGCAUUGCCAAGCUCUACGGCAGCACCCGCGAGGCGUACGGCCCUGGGCCUGCUCGCGGUCCGGGACCGGGCACCGGGACCGGCGGCGGCUACGUGAGUCCGGACUUUCUGAGCGAGGGCAGCUCCAGCUACCAUUCUGCCUCUCCCGACGUGGACACUGCGGACGAGCCCGAGGUGGACGUGGAAUCCAACCGCUUCCCAGACGACGAGGGCGCUCAAGAUGAGACCGAGCCCAGCGCACCUAGCUCUGGAGGUGGCCCAGACGGUGACCAGUCAGCUGGGCCCCAGUCCGCAUCCUCCUCGGGGGCAGACGGUCUCACAGACUCUCCUGACGGAGGCGGCAGCCCUUGCCCCCGGCGCCGCCUAGGGCCACCCCCAGCCGGCCGGUCAGCAUUCGGGGACUUGACGACCGACGACGUGGUGCGGAGACCUGAGAGGAGCCCACACAGCGGCGGCUACGAGCUGCGAGAGCCUUGCGGGCCCCUGGGAGGCCCCGCGCCGGCCAAGGUGUACGCGCCCGAGAGGGACGAGCACGCGAAGAGCGCGGCGGCGGCUCUGGGGCCCGCGGCCUCCUACCUCUGCACCCCCGAGACCCACGAGCCAGAGAAGGAAGACAAUCACUCGACUGCCGAAGAUUUGGAAACGAGGAAAUCCUACCCAGACCAAAGGAGUAUCUCUCAGCCAAGUCCUGCAAAUACAGACCGAGGCGAAGAUGGGCUCACCCUGGAUGUCACAGGAACUCAGCUGGUGGAGAAAGACAUCGAGAACCUGGCUAGAGACGAAUUGCAAAAACUGCUCCUGGAGCAAAUGGAGCUCCGCAAGAAACUGGAACGAGAAUUUCAGAGUCUCAAAGAUAAUUUUCAGGAUCAAAUGAAGAGGGAAUUGGCUUAUCGAGAAGAAAUGGUGCAACAGCUGCAAAUUGUCAGAGAUACCCUCUGUAACGAACUCGACCAGGAGCGGAAGGCGCGCUACGCCAUCCAGCAGAAAUUGAAAGAAGCCCACGACGCCCUGCACCACUUCUCCUGCAAGAUGCUGACGCCCCGCCACUGCACUGGCAACUGCUCCUUCAAGCCCCCGCUGUUACCCUAGGGCCGCCCGACCGCGCCCACGCGCCCUCAAGCCAUGCUGCUCCCUCUUGUAAAUAACCGCUGCCGCGGCUGCCCAGAGCCAGGAACAAGCCAUUCGGACGUGACCGAUGUCAAUACAGCAGCCAGUCCGCCCGCCCUCCGCCUGGGCGCCCCGGGCCUUGGCCGCCCCCUCUCGGGCGUCCCAGUCCAGAGACCUGACUCGGUUUCCAAGUGUAAAUACCGCCUGGCCCCUCGGUUGAACUCCAGGGCAUCGGACCUCUGGGGGUUAAGUGGACCAAUGGGGAGAAGAAAAGGGAGGGGGACCACUCCCCUCCCGCCCCCUACCCCGUGUACAGCCUCAGACCCCGAUUGUGAAUACAGUGUAGCAACUUCGCUGGCACCGGCCUGCUCUCCCAGUCCCGUCCACUUCUGAAACUAUCGUUCCUAAUGACAAAGUGGCUAUGUGCAAUGGAUAUAAAUGUACUGUGAGUCUCUUGGUUCAGUAUUAGUUCACUUUAUUUAUGCUGUAAGUUAUUUUGCUUCCUUCUCCUGGACCUACUUCCAGUCCCACUUUACAUUCCCCUUUGGAUUUUGCUUUAUUUUUUGUUGUAACCUCUUGAUGUAACAGCACUUUAAAAGAGCGACAACUGACUCACGUGAUGGCGACCACCUGGAGUCUGUUUGGGGAGACCACCCUGUACCCGUGACUUUUGUUUUUAAUAAAAAAAAAAAAACU